AUGCUACAAUCAGAUAAUUCCAGCAGGACCAGACAUGUCUGUGGAAGCUUUUGGUCUCAUAUCAACUUUUACGUUGCCCGAAUAUUUCUGUUAUUGUUAGUGAUAGUUCUUUACACCUUAUUUGGGGCUGCAGUGUUCUCAGCCCUUGAGAGACCUUCAGAGCUGGAGGCCAAUUUCAAAUGGAACAGACAGCUGGCUGAAUUUGUUCAGGAUCAUCAGAUCCCCUCCGAGGAGCUGCGGGAGCUGCUGGGACACUAUGAAGAGGCCAUUGCCGCUGGGAUUCGUAUGGAACCGCAGAGAACCCGGUGGGACUUCUCUGGAGCUUUUUACUUUGUGGCCACUGUGGUCAGCACUAUUGGCUUUGGAAUGACAGCACCCGCCACUCUCAAUGGAAAGCUCUUCCUUAUCUUCUAUGGGCUGAUAGGCUGCGCAACCACCAAUCUCUUCUUCAACCUCUUUCUGGAACGCAUGAUAACACUGAUCACAUUUCUCACUCGCAUGUGCUUUAAACACAAACAGUUGAAUAAAAUACUUAUUGCCUCCCAUUUAAACACAGAACCAGGAGAUAUAGAUGGUCAUGAGAAUUGGAAACCCUCUGUGUACUAUGUAACCCUGAUUCUGGCAGCACUUGCAUUUCUGAUCAACUGCUUUGCAUCAGGCCUGUACUCGGCUAUGGAGGAUUGGAGCUACCUGGAGUCCAUGUACUUCUGCUUUGUGACUUUUAGCACCAUGGGAUUUGGGGACAUGGUGAGUGGACAGAAAGCCCAUUAUGAAGACCGUUGGGUUUACCAGAUAGCCAACUCGUUAGCGAUCCUCCUUGGUGUAAGUUUCACUUACUCUGUCUUCAUUCUCACCUCCAUCCUCAUCAAACAGAUGUUGAACUUGAUACUGGCCAAAUUGUGCAGUCUAUGUCACUCUUCGUAUCAGGAUGGAGAAGAUGAGCCCUGCUGCUACUCCAUAACAGGUCUGGAAGUCAAAGAACCAGUAAAUCAGCAGAUCCAGAACACAACCAGACAUCACAGCCAUGUAGUCAAGGCCUCUCUACCAUCCAUGAGUAAGUGUAAGUGUGCCAGUGCUGCAAUUGAAGCCAUAUGCAAUAGCGGAAUGCAGUGCACAGUGAACAGCAACCCAAUACAUGGUUGUUCAGGAGGAGCAAGUCUUCAAAUCAGGGAUUUAGACAAAUGGUCAAAGAAUGACAUAAAGAAAAAGGUUUUCAGUGCUAAGCAUGUCGCCAUCAAAAAUGUGCGGAAACCUGGGUAUUCCAAACCUCUUGUUACAGAAGUGGCGUUGAUGCUUAUGCUGAGACAUUGUCCCAGAAGUCGUAACAUCGUUCAACUGUUGGAGUGGUUUGACCAGCCCCAGAGAUUCAUACUGAUAUUGGAGUACUCUCAUCCAUGCCAGAGUUUGAGCGGCUGCAUUGGAUAUCGAGUUCAACAGAGCGAAAUUACAGCAUGUGGUUUAAUGCGCCAGGCAAUAUUAGCAGUGCGACAGUGCAUUAACAGCUGCGUGUUUCACAAUGACAUCCAUUCGGAUAACUACAGAAGCAGCCAAUACAGAGGUGAGCUGGUGAUUUGUGAAACCAUAACAGAAUGUGGAAACCUGCAUGUAUUGACCCUCAUACAAUAUUUUGCUUACAUGAGCACCAGAUUUCCACCCAUCUGA